AUGGCUAGUGAAACACCAAGAUUAGAUCCAACUGAAAUUAAAGAUAACAGUUUCCCAGUAUUCAGAUUGAUUGGCCUAGUCACUUCACAACCUACUGAAUCUGCGUUGACUUUAAAGUCUCCUACUAAGGAUGGUGAAAUGAUAUCUUUAACUAACAUCAGAGUCUCUAUGAAUAAGCAAUUCGAAGUCGAUGCUUGGUACGAAUUUGUGUGCAGAUCAAGUGAUAAUGGUGAUAUUGGAUUUUUAAUAUUAGAUGCCGUCAAAUGUAUACUAGAAGAAAAUGAAACUAUAAGUAUUGACGGAAUAGUGGCAUUACAACAACUCUCCAAAAAAUUUCCAGAGAUAUAUUGA